AUGCCGUCCGCAUGCUCCGGCUCCGCUGCUCCGGUUCCGCUGCUCCGGUGCCGCUGCUCCGGUGCCGUUGCUCCGGUGCCGCUGUGGCCAGUCCUAGCACGACCAAACUCGACCCGCUCCGCUUCGUACACGCUGUCGUUGCUGUCCUUCCCAGUCGGUUCCUCGCUUUCUCCCUCGUUGCACUUAGGGAUCUUGGUCUGAGAAUUCUCGCGCCAAAGGGUCAACCAGCCCAAUUAGCUCGUCACCACCUGUACUCUACUCCUUUGAUGGCAUAACCCGGUUACUGAGACAGUACAGCUCCCUCUAGCAAACCUAGGGCCGUUGCCCGUCCACCUUUCUGAUGACGUCUGCCUCCGCGCACAAAGAUGAGAUGGGCAUUGCUGCCUACAUCGACGGCCUGGAGGCCCGCGCAUCUGCAUU